AUGGAGCACGGAAGCCCUUCGUCUAACCACAAUCGUUCAACAGCAUCAAGCUCUGUUAUUUUUGAGAAACAUGUACCUCCAAAAGAAGGCGAGGAAGUGAAUAUUCUCAUUGUGCAUUUGACAAGAAUUAUGCGGCGUGCUCUUCCCCGAAAUGCAAAAAUCAAUAAUGGUGCUAAGGAGUCGAUUCAAUUGUGCGUGUCCGAAUUUAUGGGCAUUAUCACAACUAAGGCUAACGAGCGAUGCAAGGCAGAGCAUCGAAAGAUCAUUACUGCAGAUGAUUUAAUAUGGGCCAUGGAAAAGUUCGGCUUUGAUGACUAUGUCGGGCCUCUCAAGCUUUACCUAAAAAAUUAUCGCGACCAUAAAGAUCAGACCGGUGACAUUUAG